CGACUAAUGUCAGAAGGAAGCAAGUAGUAGUAGGCAGAGCAGUUCUCCCAGCACUUGACCCCGUUGAGCAAGAAGAUGAAAGAGGAGAGAUUAGUAUGGUCGGGGAAUAUGAAUUUGUAUAUGUGUAUGUAUAUUUUGAUGAUAAUUUUAUGUUCAAACAACCUAGUUUCUGCUUCUAUACACUACUAUGACACCCAACCCUUUAUUCCUCAGUCUGAUGCCUUCUUCUUCCAUGGAGGCAGUGAGGGACUCUAUGCUUCUAAACCUCACCCAAUUAACACUAAUGAUAAUAAUAACAAUCCCCACAGUGGUGAUUCUUUUAUCAGGUUUGAAACUGUGUCCUUCCAGAGGACAGCUGAAUCUGCUGAGAAGCAGAACCCGAUGCAAAGUAGGACUGGUUUAAUCGAAGCAAUUGUAUUUGAGGUGAAAGAUAGAGAAAGGAUUGGAGGGGCUUUCUUGAAUUCUAGUUCAAUAUGUUGCACCCCACAACUUUCCCAGGAUGGGUCGUGCACUGUGGGUGAGAUUAUUAUUCACAAACACUCGGAUAACCCUGAGUGGCCACGGCGAAUUCAGACGUUUUUUGAAGCAAACAAACAAGAAGCUAAAAUGGGUACUGUAUCGGUUGAAAUAAAUAGUACUGGGAUGUACUAUCUUUAUUUUAUGUUUUGUGAUCCACAGCUGAAGGGGACAGUGAUCAAAGGAAGAACAGUUUGGAGGAACCCACAAGGUUACUUGCCUGGGAAGAUGGCACCUUUGAUGACUUUUUAUGGAAUUGCAUCUUUAGCAUAUCUGGUUCUUGGGCUAGUUUGGUUCUUAAGAUUUGUCAAGUUCUGGAAGGAUAUAAUACAGCUGCAUUAUCACAUUACUAUAGUGAUUGCUCUUGGAAUGUGCGAAACGGCUCUUUGGUAUUUUGAGUAUGCUAAUCUUAAUGCUACUGGAAUUAGGCCAGUGGGCAUUACAUUGUGGGCAGUAACUAUAACUGCUGUCAAGAAGACUCUUUCUCGCUUGCUUCUUUUGGUUGUCUCGAUGGGCUAUGGUGUUGUAAGGCCUACACUUGGUGGGGUAACCUCCAAAGUGCUAAUUCUUGGUUUGAUCUAUUUUGUUGCCCUGGAGGCACUUGAUCUUGUUCAGCACCUUGGGACUGUUAAUGACUUUUCAAGUAGAAGUAUGCAAUAUUUGGUGCUUCCUGUUGCUUUUUUGGAUGCUUGGUUUAUUUUGUGGAUAUUCUCAUCAUUGUCCAGGACAUUAGAGAAACUCCAGAUUCGUAGAAGCAUGGCUAAACUCGAGCUUUAUCGAAAAUUUACUAAUUACCUUGCAGUUUUUGUGCUUCUAUCUAUUGCUUGGAUAGGCUAUGAGCUAUACUUCAAUGCUAGUGACAAAUAUAAUGAGCUAUGGCAGUAUGCCUGGAUUAUUCCAAGUAUUUGGACUCUACUUGCCUUCUCUCUCUUGGUUGUGAUAUGCAUCCUAUGGGCUCCUUCACGCAACCCAACAAGAUACGCGUACUCGGAGGAGACGGGUGAUGACUUUGAUGAGGAAGCAAUAUCGCUCACUAGUGGUGUAAAGGUGACUGGAGAAAUGACAAGCAAACUUGAAAGAAAGGAUCUGAAGGGAUCUUCCUCGACGGAUCAUGUAAUGGCACUUGACGUUGAGGAGGAUAAACAAGAAUAGAUAAUCACUUCUGCCUAUUGAAUGGUUAGAUGUCACUUGAAGCUUGUUACUCAUUUGGAGAUUUUUUAUUCCUUUGUGCUUCUAUAUGUACUGUGAUUUGUAUAUAGAUAGGGAGUUGAUAUCUCCGGCUCCCAUUUCCAUGAGAAGUGAUGCAGUGUUAAACCUGGGAUUUACACUACACACUUGUGGUGGAUCGGUGCUAGAAGGAUAUUAGUUAAAGACUUAAAGGGGUGAUUGAGUGUGUGGGUUUGGAGUUUUCAUGAUUUAUUGGUAUGUGAAUCAUGUGGCAACAUCCCAUUAAAAAGUUGUAGUUCUUGAUAGGGAAUGGAGCUUCACAUAGUAUUUGACUUAUAUAUGGUAAUGACUACAUGCAUUUCAUGAAA